AUGGUUCUUGGUGAUCCUAAGAAGACAAAGAAGGAUGUUCAUGUCCCUGUUGCACAAAACCAAGAGUUUGGUGUUAGCACACACUAUAGAUAUACAAUCUUUUAUGGAAAUGAAGAGGAGAAGAAACAAGCUCAUGAGUCUAAGGUUCAGCAACAAAUGAAGUUGAAUAGGAGUAUUGUCACUAAGAUUCUGCCUUGCUCCAUGAAUAACAAUGGAGAAUUUUACAUGGCAGAGAGUCGUCAUCAAAAGUAUUACCUCCAGAGAGACUACAUCAAGCUUUGUGAGGCUCUUAGCCUUCGCAGUGCUGAGCAGUUUACUGACCCUCGCAUUGCUUGCAAUCUAAACAGUAUGACUCUCUCUCAUCACUAUGUCUUGAGAUAG